AUGGGUCUGCUUCAGUGCAUCGCCCUUGGCUUUAAGGUGAAUUUGGCCGCCCGCAUGAUGGUGGCCUACCCGGGGGUGGUGUCCUGUGAUGCAGAGACCUGCGCGGCCUCUCGCCUGCCCAGCUACUGCUUCAGAGCGCUACCAAAGAGAAACUUGAAAGGCGUUAUCAGUCCCACCACUGUCUAUCAAUACGUGGGGACCACCGAGAAGCAACAACGUGACGUGGGCGUUGCCGAGGAGAGGUCACCCUAUGGUCCCUUGCUGGGUCGGGAGGCAGAGAUUGACCGCUUUGAAUUCUGCUUGGAGGCCUAUAAGCAUUUGGAAGAACCACACGUCCUGGCAUUUGUGGGCAUUCCAGGCUCUGGAAAGAGCCACUUACUUGCCGAGCUGGCCAUUUUAGGCCGGGCUGCUGGGCACAGGGUCAACGCUGUGGAACUGGCAGAGGAGAACUUGAAGCAGCCCUUCUCUGCCAUCCGUCUGCUGGUGGCCAGGGCACUGGGUCUCCAGGCCGGUGAGACUUGCAGUGACAGGCAGCGCGCCCUGCAGACCGUGCUCCAAGGCACAAUAGAAGAGAGCAGCUAUUGCUUGCUCAAUGAUGUUUUCUUAGUGGAGCAACCUGGAAGUGGCAUUGAAGGGGGGCUGGUGCUGGCCGCACGCAAGAGCAGAGGCAUUCUGCUCUGA